AUAUAGAUAUAUUCUAAUACAAAAUUAUUUUAUCUUUCUCCGAUCGGACAAACUUUGGUCUAUUUGAAUAUAUAUCGAUUUUGCAGAUUUCUACAAUUCAAAAAUUCUACAAAAUUACGAAUUAAUAUUUAUCUCUCGGUUGGAAUACCAUCAGAGUUAAUUUAAUAAUAUAAAGUAUUUACUUUGUUAAAAUUUUGCAAGUUGACAGUAUCAAUAACAACAAAGAAAGACAAAUAGCGCUAACGAUUUUCAUAAUACGUAUUUUAUACUCACUUUGAAUGUCGAGUUAAACAAACUUCGACUCGAGUCCCGUAUGGCGCUUAUGAUUCUAACCUUAAUCAAGAUCACUAUUAUUAAUUGUUGUCUAUGUCGGACUUAUUUUUUUUCCCAAUAAUAAUGAUAUUAACUGGUAUAAAUAUAUUAUUGUGAUUAAAUAUAUUAUUGUGAAGAGCUUUCUCGUCUAUAAAUAUCUAAAGCAAUUGAAAAGAUCAUUUACAAAUAUAAUGGAAAUUAUAAUACAUGGAUUUGGAUGGUUUUUAUCUAUGAAAUGAACCUAUUUUCAAACAAAGCAAUGAACAAUAUCUCUGGUCAGUUUCGUAAGACCACAUGGGACCCUAUACUCAUUAUUUCACAAAUAAUAGCAGUACAGUCUGUCAUGUAUUUUUUUCUUGGAAUUUGGAUCUGGAUUAUAGCAUCGCUUUUAGGCUCUACAAAUUCUUUGGAUUAUGCCUUUCAAUAUAAGGAAAUACACAUUCGUGAUUUUGGAGGACAAUUAGUAAUAGUAAUCUUUAUUUUGAAUGCAUUAAUAGGUGCUAUGGCCUUAUGGUGGUUAGUACAGAGAACAAAACAGUGUAUGGACUUUGCAUGUACAGCUCACUUGAUACAUUUGUGUUGUUGUUGGGCAUACAAUGCCAGUUUUCCAACUUCGUUCAGUUGGUGGAGUUUGAAUAUUGUUUCCUUGAGUAUAAUGUGCGUAUGUGGAGAAUUUCUUUGUAUGAGAACAGAAUUGCAAGCAAUACCACUGAGUAUGAAUAAUCAAAAAACAGCCUUGUAAUAAAAAAGUGUAUAUAUAUUAUCUAAUGAACUUGUUAGAUUAAUAAUAUGAAUACACUUUUCUUUAA